CUCUCUCUCUCUCUCUCUCUCUCUCUCUCUCUCUCUCUCUCUCUCUCAUCUCUCUCUCUCUCUCUCUCUCUCUCGGCUCCCAAGCUCCAGCUCUCAACCCUAGCACGCGGGUUAUAUCCAGAGCCUCCGGUCCCGUCUUCUUCCUCAAACCCGAUCGAUCGAUCGCUGAGCUGACUCCAACCCGCUCCAUGUAUGGCAAUUCCGCGGCACGGGCAGUACUAGUACGACGUACCAGCUGCUAGUCCCUUCAAGAUUCAAGGGGGGUGGCUAGCGAGGUGCCGUCCCCACCGCUGCCGCCUGCCGGAGCAGGACAAGCACUAGCUGAUCUGGGCGCAGCUGCAAGUACCACCACGGCGGCACAUGCAUGAUCGGCCCGCCCGCCCGUGAGAUCUGAUCCUGCUGCGCCUGCGCCUGCAUGCGCGCGAGCUGAUCCGUCCGUCAUCUUCAUCCAUCCACACACAAGCGUGGUAGCGGCUGCUGCUGGUAGCAGGCGAGAGCGUGCAUCGAGAAGAAGAUCUCGUAUCGGUCGGGAAGAUGAUGCUCAAGGAUCUGGCGGCGAUUCAGCAGCAGCAGCAGCAGCACAUGGCCGCCGACGAGAACAUGUCCAACCUCACCUCCGCCUCCGGCGACCUGGCCAGCGUCUCCUCCCACCCGCUCCCGCCGCCCGCCAAGAAGAAGCGCAGCCUCCCCGGGAAUCCAGACCCCGACGCCGAGGUGAUCGCGCUGUCGCCGCGGACGCUGAUGGCGACGAACCGGUACGUGUGCGAGGUGUGCGGCAAGGGGUUCCAGCGCGACCAGAACCUGCAGCUGCACCGGCGCGGCCACAACCUGCCGUGGAAGCUCAAGCAGCGCAAUCCCAAGGAGGCGGUGCGCAAGAAGGUGUACGUGUGCCCGGAGCCCGGCUGCGUGCACCACGACCCGGCGCGCGCGCUCGGCGACCUCACCGGCAUCAAGAAGCACUUCAGCCGCAAGCACGGCGAGAAGAAGUGGAAGUGCGACCGCUGCGCCAAGCGCUACGCCGUCCACUCCGACUGGAAGGCGCACUCCAAGGUCUGUGGCACGCGCGAGUACCGAUGCGACUGCGGCACCCUCUUCUCAAGGAGGGACAGCUUCAUCACGCACCGGGCGUUCUGCGACGCGCUGGCGGAGGAGAGCGCCAGGGCGGUGACCGCGGCGGCGGCGGCGGUGGCGGGCCAGCACCACCCCGGGAUGCUCUUCUCGCAGGGCGCCGGGGGCGACGAGGGCGCCGCCGCGGGCGGGCUGCACCUGCCGGCGGUGCAGGACCAGUCGCAGCCGCUGGGCGGGCACGGGAUGUCCUUGCAAGAGCUGUGCCUCAAGAGGGAGCAGCAGCAGUUCGCGCCGGCGUGGCUCACGGCCCAGCAGCAGCACCUGGAGCUGCAGGCGGCUGGCUCCGGUAGCGUGGCCGUGUUCGGGUCGGCGAGGGCGCUGGACCCAGACUACAUCGGGAGCUCCACGCCGGAGAGCACGGCGCAGCCGGCGGGCCUCGGGUUCGGGUUCUCGCCGUCGUCCGCCGCUGCCACAGCCUCCGCGCACAUGUCGGCCACCGCGCUGCUGCAGAAGGCGGCGCAGAUGGGUGCAACGCUGAGCCGGCCGUCGAACCAGGGCCAGAUGGCGAGCACCCACAGCACCAGCACCACCAGUGCUGCCACUGCCAACGCAGCAGGCAACGUGCCCAGCACUGGCGCCGGUGCCGUCGGCUUCGGGGCAUCUCAUCACUUUGGAGCGGAUGAGAGGACCAGGGCCGAUCGCGACGCCGGUAGCGGCGGCAAUGCCGCCGUGGGUGCCGGCGCCGGAGGCGGCAACGGCGGCCUCACCCGGGACUUCUUGGGGCUCCGGGCGUUCUCCCACGGCGACAUACUGAGCAUGGCCGGGUUCGAUCCCUGCAUGUCGUCGCCCUCGUCGGCGGCGUACGAGCAAGGGCACCAGAGCAGCAAGCAGUGGCAUGUCUAGUCAUCGGCUCAAUCCCAUAGCUCGCCAUGGAUGAAUAUUCAUAUCCAAGAUGAGGUGCAGCAUGCAUGCAUGCCCGACAUUGCUCGAUCUUGUCGGUCGAGAUCGAACUUGGGGUAAGUCGGAUCGAUCAAAUCCUCAGAUCGCUUUUUUUUUCUUCUGUUGGCACUAGUUUUGAUGUUCAUUUGGGGGUAUGGGCAUUUCAAUUCUUACAUAAACUUCAAGGCGCUACAUAUAUGGAAGACUUGGAAACGUUUAUGCUACUAUAUAUAUCAUAGUUGACUCGUGCAUGUUCUUGGCCAGAAUUUA